AUGAAAAUGGCGUGGAAAGCGCUCGUCUUCGUGUUUUUCUUGUUUUCUUACCAACUUUAUUUAGGCGGAGCCCAGGAUUAUGAUGAACCAGAACCAGAACCAGCUGCCCCUCCACCUGAACAAGAACACUGCAACGGGAUCUUCCUGUCUUAUGUGUUCAUAUCCAGAGAGAAAGAAUACCCACGUGUGAAGAAUGCAACAGCUCAAGCUUGGGCUUUCAAAUCCAUGGCAACGGUAUUGAAUGCUGGAUCCUACGAGCUCAAGGCGUGGAAGAUCUUUAUUGGGUUUCAACAUGAUGAGGUUUUAGUCUCAGCGACUGGAGCUGUUAUCGUGGAUGGUGAUGAUUUCCCCGCUGCAGUUGGUAAUGGCACGUAUCUUGCAGGCAAUUCGCAGACAGAUUUGAAGACAUCGAUCGACACAGCUGGAGACAUAAACCAAAUUCAGGUUCAGAUUGAGAUGACGGGAACACAGUUUGGGGUGAAGCCACCCGGAAUUCCGAUGCCCAAGACCAUACAGCUUGUGAACGAUGGGUACAAGUGUCCAGCACCCACUCGACGUAAGAGCACAAUGCAUGUAUGUUGCGUAAAGAACCCAAAAUUCAAACCAAAACCAGUCAAGAAAACAAAAUUCUUGCCUCGCCAGAAUGGUGAUCUCUUACUCGUUUAUGAUGUCCUCCAAGCCUAUCCAGGGAACUAUUUCGCUCAGGUAACAAUUGAUAACAACCAUCCUAUUGGACGUCUUGAUCGCUGGAACUUGACCUGGGAAUGGACGAGGGGGGAGUUCAUAUACUCAAUGAGAGGAGCAUACACUCAUAAAAAGGAUUUUACAGGGUGCAUUUAUGGUGAUGCUGGAAAAUAUUACCAGGAUUUUGACUUCUCCCCUGUCAUGAACUGUGAAAAGAGGCCAGUUAUAACUGAUCUCCCUCCAGAAAAAGCCAAGGAUGAGAAAAUUGGAAAUCUCCCCUACUGCUGUAAAAAUGGAACUCUUCUACCAAACACCAUGGACUCGACCAAAUCCAGGGCCAUCUUCCAAUUGCAAGUGUUUAAGCUUCCACCUGAUAUAAACCGAACUGCUAUUAAUCCUCCUCAGAAAUGGAAAAUUAAUGGAAUUCUCAAUCCAGAUUACAAGUGUGGGCCUCCCAUUAGAGUAGACCCAACAGAAUUUCCAGACCCAAGCGGGCUUCAACAGACAAGCUCAGCCAUUGCAAGUUGGCAAGUUGUCUGCAACAUAUCUCGGCCAAAGGAGAAGAAGUCUCACUGCUGUGUUUCAUUCUCGACUUUCUACAACGACACUGUCAUCCCUUGCAAUACUUGUGCGUGUGGUUGUGAUGACAUAGACACAGAUACCUGCAAUCCAGACGCACCGCCAAUGCUUCUUCCUCCGGAGGCUCUACUAGUUCCUUUUGACAACAGAACUGCGAAAGCCAAAGCUUGGGCGCAAAUUAAAAACCGUCACAUCCCCAAGCCAUUACCUUGUCCCGACAACUGUGGGGUUAGCAUCAAUUGGCACAUCCACUCUGACUACAGCGACGGAUGGACGGCUAGGGUCACUCUGUUCAAUUGGGAAGAUCACGCUUUUGAAGAUUGGUUCCUAGCAAUUGAAAUGGACAAAGCUAAUCGUGGUUAUGAAAAUGUCUACUCAUUCAAUGGAACCAGGCUGCCAGGAAACAACGAUACCAUCCUCUUCCAAGGAUUACCAGGUCUGAAUUAUCUGAUAGCAGAGACAAAUGGAACUGAUAUACACAGUCCGAGGGUACCUGGUAAGCAACAAUCAGUAAUUUCAUUUAAAAAGAGCGGAAUACACGGCUUAAACAUAAUACAAGGAGAUGGGUUUCCUAAAAGGGUGAUUUUCAAUGGGGAAGAGUGUUCACUUCCUAAACAUUUUCCUAUGGCAAAUGAUGGUCAUCGAUCUCAUGUUAAGCUUCGGCAAGUAAUAUUCUUCGCAUUGAUGACCUUUGUUCUUAUGCCGGGUCCCCUCUGA